CGAAGGGUGGUUGUAAGUCAGCCCUUUAUUCGUUGCACAGAUCGCGAUCCGGGAGCCAGCCUAUAUGCGCAACCAGUACAUACCCGAGGAAGCUCAAACUGUUGUCUGGCUUAUAUAGCCCGUCUGUGGCAUCUGCUGAUCUUGAUAUUUUCCACUCGCAUGACAGACAACUGCUUUCAUUAGUACCCAUCAUACCCCCCGUUGUCUUGUCUUCUCUUCUCUUUUGCGGCGUCAACGACCCCUUCCCUUGUUAAGCCCAGUAGGGCAAGCGUCAAGCGUUGGCGUAAUGUCUCAGCAACCCUGCAAAGCACGCCCUCUGUUUUCCUGUGUCACAACCACCUUAGAGUGAGGCCUACUUGCCUGCAAGUCGGUUCCAGUUUUCAGUGUUACAAAGUUUAGCCCCUCACUGGUUUGAUUGAAAAACAUCCAGCUGUUUCACAUUAACAUUAGUGACACGUGCAUGAUUAUAGGAGACUGACCAAUUAGCACGCAGCAAGAACAAGGUGCUUAACUGAGAUCCAGGUUCUUUUAAUUAAAAUAGUAUUUUAAAAAUCCAGUCCUAGGUCAACGUGUCCUCCCUGACAUGGAUUAUCUGGUCACUCUAGGUUGAAGGGUGUCAGCACCAUGGCCAGCUUUAAGGUGCGGAAGUACAGGGAUGAAGACGAGGAGCUGGUGAAGGAGAUCUUUGCGCUGGGGAUAAGUGAGCAAGUUCCCGCCUCCUUCAUGCACGUGCUGAAACAGCCCCUUACCCAGGUGGUGUUUAUGUGCGUCUUCUUUGCUCUGAUGGCUGUCUUCAAGUCCUUCCUCCUCCCUGUACUGGUGACCAGCAUGCUCUUAGUAGGAAUUCGACAGCUGGUCAGCCAGUCCUACACCAAAUACAUUGACUACACACUGAAAGAAGACCUUAGUCGUAUCCAGGAGUCCUACAUGGAGGAGAGGGACUCCUGUUUCUGGGUGGCAGAGAAUGGGGGCCGAGUGGUGGCCAUGAUGGCUUACGUACCCUCCAAGAUUCAUCAGGAGUUCUUAGAGCUUAAGCACAUGUCCGUGCACAGAAGCCAUCGACGCCAAGGCAUCGCCAAGACCCUCUGCAGGGUAGCAGUGGACUUUGCUCGCACAGAGGGAUACCAGGCAAUCGUCCUCUAUACCGCUGAGGUCCAGAAUGAUGCACAGAAGCUGUAUGAACACAUGGGCUUUACGAAGAUCAGGCAGUUUCGCCGCCCAACUCUGACAGCCAAGUUCACCAAUUUCUUCCUGUUUGAGUACCAAUUAAAGGUAUAAAUGGGUACAGGCAGUAAAUACUUAUCAUCUUAAUCCUGCUGAUCUCAGCUUAUAUCUGUAAUUUAGCUGACUUCCCCCCCUUCUUCUAAGAGGUGUAUCUAUAUUUCGACAGCUAAAUGUCAGUGUCUGAAAGCAGUGCAAAAGAGAACUACUGAUGUUAGAUUGUUCGGUAACACUUUACUUGAGAGGGCACAAGUAACUUAGUAACUCAGUUACUAGUCAAGUACACAAGCAAGUAUAGCAACUAUGUUAUGAUUAAUGAUGAACGGACAUAGGAUCAGUAGGUAACUAACAUUUCAUUUCAGGUUACUUGUGCCCCCACGAGUGUUACAGAUUGUUCAAUUCCGAAGUCACGUAAUUGGUGGUAAUACUAACGAUACUUAAUUGUGAGGGUGUUGCAUGUAUCUAUACGACUACACAUUUUUAAACAGCGUUUCAGUUUGUUUCUGCUAGACUGUAAUGUGGUGCAGUCAGCUAAACACCACAGCAAUCUGUUUUGCUUCCUGACUUGUAUGAUUCACCGCAUGUCCCUUAAUCCUCAAAUACCAUUAUUUUUUUAUGAAUUAAAAAGCAAAAAUAGUCAAAAUGGAAUAAAAAACAGAGAUAUGUAGGCAA